AUGGCCGGAAUAAGGCUUACGCCCGAGGAGCCCGAGAUGCCCGUUGGCACGCCACCCUGCCCCCAGCUCCCACCCUCCGUCGCCGGGGCAGGCGGUGGCAGCGGAGGGCUGGAAAUGGCGUCGGACGACGAGCGGUCCAUUGCGGCGGACUCAUGGUCAGUGCGGAGCGAGUACGGGAGCACGCUCGACGAUGACCAGCGCUACGCCGACGCCGCCGAGGUGCUCGCCGCUUCCGCGGCCUCCGCCAACUUCCCCUCCGCCGCCUCCGAUUACUGCUCUGAUAAGGAUGAUGAAGAUCCUGGUGAUGUUGAAGGAUCAAUGCUGGGUCUCCAAAGUUAUUGGGAUGCUUCUUAUACGGAAGAUCUUGCAAAUUUUCAGGAACAUGGGCAUACUGGAGAAAUAUGGUUUGGUGCAGAUGUAAUGGACACAGUUGCUAUUUGGACCAAAAGUUUGUGUAGCAUUAUUGAAGGCAGGAUUCCAUUUGGUCAAGACAGCAUAAAAAAUGAAGUCGAUGAAAAUUUAUUCUCCAACUACCCUGUUCUUGAUGUUGGAACUGGGAAUGGCCUUCUUUUGCAAGCACUUGCUAAGCAAGGGUUUACAGACUUAACCGGAACGGAUUACAGUAAAGGAGCUGUUGAACUUGCAAGAAACCUAGCUGCUCGUGAUGGCUUCACUUCAAUAAACUUUUUGGUUGAUGAUAUACUUGAGACAAAGUUAGAUAGGAAAUUCAAAAUUAUUACAGACAAAGGGACAUUGGAUGCCAUCGGAUUGCAUCCAGAUGGUCGUGCGAAAAGAAUAAUAUAUUGGGAAUCUGUAUCAAACUUGGUUGAGCCUGGUGGUAUUGUGGUCAUAACAUCAUGUAAUCACACAAAGGAUGAGCUUCUGCAAGAAGUAGAAGAUUUCACCAGGAGAAAAUUUGGCAAGGAGAACGUGGAUGAAGGUGCAGGAGAUGUGUCUGAGAUCUUCCGGUACAUAGACCAUGUCCGAACAUAUCCUACUAUAAUGUUUGGAGGAAUUGAGGGCUCUCAAGUCUGCACAGUAGCCUUUCAGCGGGUGUGA